GUUCAUUUAUAUUUUCAUUCGACUUCCAAGAUAGAUCGUAUGAAAAUGGCGAACCCGUCCACCAAUACUCACACAAAUAAACCCACAAUGAUACCAUCCGAGACAUUUCUUGACAUACAUGAAGGGGAUAAGCUGACUAUUGAAGGUACCAGUGUCAAAGACAUGAAAUUAUACACUGAUCUAGAUCAUCCUGAAAGAGCUUCUCGGAGAAUUGAAUCAGUAGGAUUAGGUGAAAAUUCAUAUACUCGGGGUUUCACAAUACCAUCGGUUGCUAUUGGUGAUAGUGGAUGGUACGGUUGCGCAAACAAGGAUGUAAAAGUUGAUACAAGUCAACACGAUCAACCGGAUGUCGCUUGGAUAUACGUGAACAUAAAGUCUAAAAAACCUUUGAUGGAACCGGAUGAUAACAUCUCAUUAAUUGAAGGUGACCGAUUGUUCAUUAAAUGUCAAUGUAGUCAACAAAUGUUUUUUUACACUAAUUUAAAUCACUCAGAAAAAGCAACUGAAAGUAUUGAAGAAGAAACAAAAGUAAAUGAGGAUUUGUAUACACGAACUCUUGAAAAAAAAUCAGUUGUUCCAGAAGAUAGUGGAUGGUACGGUUGUGCAGCCAAUGGCGUCAUAGUUGAUGAAGAGAGAUUCGAUCAACUGGAAGUCAAAUGGAUUUACGUUAGCGUUAAACCUAAAAAACCACCAAUGGAGCCUCCGGGACCAGUUCUUAAUCUAAAUGAAGGCGACGAAUUGCAUCUUAAAUGUCGAAGUUAUCAAAAAAUGACUUUUUACAUGGUCUUAGAUAAUCCUGACCAAGGAUCUGAAGCUUGUCAAGAAGGUACUGCAAUCUUUGAGGGUGCACAUACACUAGCUUUAAAAAAAAAAUCAGUAGUCCAGGGUGACAGUGGAUGGUAUGGAUGCGCAUACAGUGACGUAAAAGUUGAUACAAGUAAUCGUAAUCAGCCGGAAGUUAAUUGGAUUAACGUUAUUGUUAAACCAAAAGCUUAAUUCGAUUUCAUAAAUAUAAACAAGAUGAAAGUUUUUACGAAUCGAAAUAAUUCCCUCGGAGGAGAUAUUAAGUUGGAAAUAUUGACAGUUUACAAAGCGAUGGUAUUAUAUUGAUGGAUGUGAGUUUGAAGGACACUGAGAAAACAACAGUUUUAACAUCGCCUAAAGAUUACAGAAAUAAUAGAUACUAAUUCUGUUUGUAUUAAUGAUUAAUUUUAAAAAAUUACAAAAUAUUUUUUAUGAUAGUAUAGAAUUAAUAAUUUUUUUUUAGUAUGAAGUGUAUUUAUAACAAGACUAGUACUUAGAGUAUUAAGAAAUACAUGUAUACAAAUUUAUUUUAUAAUUGUUAAUUUUUAAUGCAAUAAA